AUGCCCUCAAAGGGUCUCGAAGAUGUCCCUCGGCUUAGAUCUUCUGGACAAUAUAACGCAGCCUUAUCGAUAUUAUCUGACGAAAAUUUCGAAAAAUCCGAGCUGGGAUCGGAAACUCAGCGGCAACUAUUGCUUGAACGACUUUUAUGCAGCGUACUCUCACAAAAAUUCCAUGCUGUCAAAGAGCUUGCAGCACUCAUCAGCGAACAAAGCUCGGCUUGGGCAGAGAUUGACACAGAUCUAUUCCGGCUGAUCUACGCGUAUGCACGUUUUCACACUGCCAUAGACCUCAAAGGAGCACUAGAUGUGUUCGGUGAAGUUUAUGGUAGGCAUUUGCGCGACACAAAAGUUUCGGACUUUCAGCCUAUCCAUGUAUUGCUACUGUGCUUUAGUAGCAUCAUCAUACACCUCGGUAGUGCUUUCUUUGGCACCGAGGACUAUGAAUGUUUGCAAAAGCUUGAAGAGCUUCGACUUAUUUUACUACAAAACGGAAAUCAUAAUGAGUUAGGAAUGGUCCAUCUCACUGAGAAACACUGCCUCAAUGCUCCCGACCAAAUCCAGCAUUUGCAAGCAACAAUUGAGUCGCCUAACUUUAAAAAGAAUCCCGGUCUCGAAGUUCAUCUUAAGGUACUCCUACUAAAUGCCUACUAUAAUACAGAUGAUCGUCAGCGUGCAAACGAACUGGUCUCUGAUUUAUGCUCAUCUGUUCUGGCUCAGCACAAUUAUGAAAGGCAGUUGUGCGCUCAAUAUCUAGAAGUUAAGUAUACUGAAACAAGCAACGAGGUCGAUUCCUUUCUGGAAACCCUCGAUGCUACCGUAGAGAUGCAAGCUACUGGGGAUUUGUGGCAAGAAAUAGGAUUUCUACGAGCCCGUAGACAUUUGAUGUCAGGGCUUGUAGAUCAAUACAUAGAAGAGUUAUUUGCUCUGUUGAAGCAAAGUCAAUCGUGUAUACUUCCUAAAACACCUACUGAUCUCAUUGAAGGAGAUCAAGCCCAAGACUCCGUAGCGCCCUCGCAGUCCGCAUGGUUGUUCUGGCGUCAGUAUAUGGAUCUACUCACUGCGGAUAUGAACGCGCAAAAUAGACGACCCUUGGCUGUUCGAUGUGCUCAGAGUUUCUUUGAAUUUCAAACUGAGUGCACUAUCCCUGAGCUACGAUAUACUUUGUCUACUGUUCCUGCAGAAUGUUAUGAGGAGAUUGGGGACAUGCACCAAGUUCUACACUGGAGAGGUUUGGGCGCAGAAAUUGCGAAGGAUUGUGAUGACGAGGACAUCAGGGACGAAGCUGACUGCAACUUCCAUCUUGUGUUUGCGGACGAUGCCAUCAUAAUGAUAGAUGACCCACAUGGGGUCAAGCAGAAAAGCUGGAACGCCGCAAAAGUUCGAGAUCUAGAAAUUCUCUACGAAGAGACUAAAAAACAAGAGAAGUGGAAGUAUACCUUCCGCUAUGCUCAGGCUCUUCUCGAUAAAGAACUUGAUCUAGCAGUGGCCAAUGGUCGGCCACCAGCUGGUGAAAAAUGGUAUGCAAACACGCUGGAGGCACUUAGUCACCUCGGAGUAGCGGAACAACUAUCCUAUCGCCCACGUGUCCUAUUCGCCUUAGCUCACGCAAAGUUUGACUUCAAAAGUUACUUGGGCUGUAUUGAAAGUUUGCAGGAGGUUAUCAAGAUCUCCAAAGUAGCCAACAACCGUGUCAUAGAGACAAAUGCCUUGUUCACUUCCGCUCGAGCUUGGUUGCAUCUAUAUCAGAACAGCCCCGAGCCAUCACAGUGGUCAUCUGGAUAUGAAAGCGUAACGGCUUGUCUUGCCUUGUGCACACAGGAGCAAAGACUAGACUGGAAGGCAUGCUGCCACACAUUACUAGCCACCAUGUGGUAUGCAAAGCGAGAUGCCGACAACGACGCCCUGCAGAACACAUUAUACCACAUCACCCAAGUGCGACAUAACUGGACCAAGGUGAUGCAACCAAAAUUUGGCAAUGUGAAGCUCGAAGACCUCUUGACAAGAUACGCAAUAAGUGGGCGAAACGCAAAGACACCAUAUUCGAUAUGGCGCAUGGCUGUAGAUAUCUGUGUCACCCUCCGUGAACAUAGUCAAGUAUGGUCUUGGAUUGAGUACAGCAAGGCGCGAGCCUUUCGUGAAAGUCUCCACAGCUGCGAAGAUGGGCUAAAUCAGCAGAUUACAGAACCCGAAAUGGAUGAAACGGGGUUUGAUCGCUUUAUGACUGGGCAAUCCAUCAUUAUGGUACAUUGGAUAAUCCUCGAAGAAAAUAUUCUGCUUUGUGUUCGCGAGGAUUCAACUACCUAUAUCUCCUUGGAACUCAAUUGCACCACAUCGCAGGUAAAAGAGUGGUACCAUGGCCUAGUAGCUUCGAAUGAGGAUUUGUCAGACAUUGAAACUGCCGAUGAGAUCCUGUCGGAGCUUCAAGAGCUUGUACGGCCACUUAUUGAUCUCGCCACUAAGAAGAAGGAUAGUAUUUUCAUUCUCUGCCCUACACAGGUCAUCUUCAAAAUCCCAGUUCAUGCAAUCCCUGUGGAUGGCACUUGCCUUCUUGACUUGGUUCCUGUCGUUUACACCCAUUCCUUUGCAGUCCUCGGACGGAUAAUGCAACAAAAUUCAACUAGCUCACGCCCAGAUGUUGGGGAGUUUGAGUUCUUUGGUAGUCCAACAGGAGAUACCCCAGCCGGAUCUGAGGUCGUCCGCAAAAUUGUCGCACAGUGCGGUAGACAGGAACAUGUCGAUGAUGUUUCAAAAGACGAGUUCUUGAAAAGCAUCAACAUGGCAUCAUGGAUACACUUCCACGGCCAUGUCAUAUCCGCAGACCAUCCUCUCAAUCAAGCGCUACUAUUCCACCAUGGUGAGAAAUUAGCCGCCCGCGAAAUUUUCAAAAUGGAUUUAUCAAAAAGAUCGCCAGCAGUACUCCUCAUCGGCUGCGGUUCAGGUGUCGAGAGGUUAGAUCCAGGGGAUGAGCCGCUAGGCCUUGUAUCUAGUCUGUUAUUUGCAGGUGCUUCUUCGGUCAUUGCCACUAUGUGGCCUAUUCAUGAUCGAUUGUCUGGUGCAAAAUUCAGCGAGCACUUUUAUGGAAUUGAUUGCGAUAAGAAAUUUAAAUUUGAAGGGUGCAUUGAUCUUGCGAGACGGAUGAGAGACGCUGCUCUUGCUAUUAAGAGAAACCCAGCAACCCAAGCACCGUAUUUCUGGGCUGGCUUUGCGCUGUAUGGUCGAUGGAACUUCAGAGUAUGA